ACUUUAUUAAUAAAUAAUGAAGCAGUCAGCUCAUAAGUCAGACACAGACAGCGUUUUCUGCUUGCUGUCCUCCGGAGAACAGCAUCCGACUUCCACAAACAGGCUUCUGGGACCAGAAAACAACAUUCCCAGAGACUCCCUGGCCUUCUGUCCAUUCAGGAUUAGUUUCAGGAUUCGUUUCUUUUUGAGUCUAAUUGUGUGAAGAACCUCACCGAUCAUGAAUCCUGAAUAUGAUUACCUGUUCAAGCUUCUCCUCAUCGGUGACUCUGGAGUCGGAAAGUCGUGCCUGCUGCUGCGCUUUGCAGAUGACACCUACACUGAGAGCUACAUCUCCACCAUUGGGGUUGACUUCAAAAUCAGGACCAUCGACAUGGAUGGGAAAACUGUGAAGCUGCAGAUUUGGGACACUGCAGGACAAGAGAGGUUUCGAACAAUCACCUCCAGCUACUACAGAGGAGCACACGGUAUCAUCAUUGUUUACGAUGUGACCGAACAGGAAUCCUUCAACAAUGUGAAGCAGUGGUUGGACGAAAUAGAUCGGUAUGCCUGCGAAAACGUCUCCAGACUGCUGGUGGGAAACAAAUCGGACCUGGUCAGUAAGAAAGUGGUGGAUGCUGCUACGGCUCAGGAUCUGGCGUCUUCUCUGAAGAUCCCCUUCCUAGAAACCAGCGCCAAGAGCGCUGACAACGUGGAGAAGGCCUUCCUCACCAUGGCCGCCAAGAUCCACAAGCGGCUCGCCAGCGAGGGAGGCGGCAUGCCGGGGGAGUCCACACAGGCCAGAGGUCAGACCACCAAGAUCAACAGCGCCCCCGUCUGGCUCGGCGGGGACAAACAGACACAGGAGGCCAAUAACUGCUGCUGAGGAUCAAUUAGAUCAACUCAUUCCCAGAUUGUACCAGAUGCAAUUAUUGUUAUAUUUUCUGUUAAAAUUAACGCCUGGAACUGUUUGAUUAGAAAAUAUGUUUUGAACAUUAUUUAUUGUAACAAAACGGUCUUAAUAAAAAUA